AUGAGUUUGUUAACAUUCAUCGUUCUUAUGUUCCUAUGCGUAGUUGAAUGUUGCGCUCAAGAACAUCGAAGAAAUAUUGCCAUUGUCACAACUAGUCCAGAAAAUUUACCUUCAGCAAAUAUCGAUCAAUACGAUAUCAGAAUGAAAGCGCUUGAACAGAAACUAGAAGAAAUUGAGAGAGAAAAAGUUAAAAAGUGCUCGCCAACAUCAUGUGUGAAAUUAUGUGAUAUGACAUCCUUAGUUAUGGAAAAGAGCGGAGAAACAGUAACAAAUGCCUCAAAUGAUUCUCAAUGUCAAACAACAUGUCGACCAGGCAAGAAAGGCCCGGAAGGUGCAAAAGGUGAUAUCGGACCACCAGGACAAAUUGGCGCCACGGGGCGUCAGGGAGCUAAAGGAGAAAGAGGAACACCAGGACAAAGUGGUGCUUCAGGACGCCAGGGAGCUAAAGGAGAAAGCGGAACACCAUGUGAUUGCUCACGAUAUGAUGAGUUAGCACGCAAAGUUCAAAUCCUCGAACAAACAGAUAAACUAGUAGCAGAUGGUUGGUAUCGUGUUCCCAGUUACCCAUAUUGGUACAAAUUAGUCAAAGUAUCGUCAUACUAUCAAACAGCUAAGAAAAACUGCGAACGCAUGGGAGGCCGAUUAGCAGCAAAUGGUAUACGCAGUCGAACUAUUCGCAGCGAUCUUCUCGGCAAGUUCAUAAGAAGUUCGGGAAAUUCGAUUUGGAUAGGACUUGACGAUCUUGAAAAACAAUACAACUGGAAAUGGUCGGACGGAGUUUCAUCAACUUCUUAUAAUACACCAUGGGGCAGAGGAGAACCAAAUGAUCGAAAUGAACGAUGUGCUUGUAUGUACCAGCCUCUGCAAUAUCAGAUAGCAGAUUUGAGGUGUAAUUACAAACUAUACUACCUGUGUGAGAAGUAAUUGAAAAAUUCCCUUCUUGCUCUCAAUUAAUGGAAAUAAUCUCAACAAAAGAAGAAGC